GUUCUCUUCCAAUGUUAGAUUGUUAAAAUAACUCUGAUUUCCACUAGCUGACACAUGUUUAGGUAUGACAUUUUCAUAUUUUAGUUCAUUUUUUCAUAUAACUCUGAUGGCCAUGGAUACACUGGUUUGUGAUUGUGCUAUUGGUUUUAAGUUCUUAUGUUUUUAGUUUCAUUUUUUGGGCUUUGGUUUUUCUUUUCUUGAUUGUUAGUUGAUGACCUCUGUAGCUUUGCUUACAAAGAGUCCUUGCUGAUUGGUGACAAUGGCUCCCUCUUCUUUCCUAAUCACUGUUUAUAUUAAUUUCCUUGAAUCUCGUUAUUUCUUAGUUAAACAUGCAUAUUUUUAACAAUUAGUUGUGUGCUUAAUUGCAGUUCUGGCAUGAUUGAUUUGAAGGAACUGUCCUUGUUGAGUGGAAAAGCUGCGUGGAUGGCAUAUUUGGACAUAUACUGUUUGGAUGCUGAUGGAGCUUUGUUUGAUGCUGCAUUACUUUCAGCAAUUGCUGCCUUUUCACAUUUAGAAAUACCAGUUGUAUCCCUGAAUGAUGAUGGAAAAAUAGUUCUUAUCUCUGAGGAACAAGUGACGGCAAUGUCAGAAGGAGAGCCAGUCAAUAAGGAAAAGAGAAAACUCAAUAAGGAAAAGAGGAAACUCACUUUGAAAAGCAUUCCACUCUCAUUAACUUGCAUACUUCAUAAGAAUUACAUUCUGGCAGACCCUACUUUGGAAGAAGAAUCCAUUAUGGAAACCCUUAUAACUAUAGUGUUAGAUUCAUCAAGUCAACUUGUUUCUCUUUAUAAACCAGGUGGUCCUGUUCUUGCUUAUACAUCAGCUAUUCAGGAUUGUGUUGCACUGACACGACAAAGGGUGAAGCAACUACAAAAGAUUUUAGAUGAAGUCAUUUCUGGUAUGGAGGUUGACUAAUUAUAUGCUAUUCUUUUGAGGGUUAAUCAAUCAAUUUUUGCAGUUCAUGUUAUUUAUUUCCUUGUGAAUUUCUUUUUGUUCAUUCUCUUGUUCAUUCUAUGACAUCAGUAAUGGAAGAGACAAACUGGAAGAGAAAAGUGUCAUGAAUAGAUUUACGUGAUAUAAUUUGUUCUUUUCUUUUUGAGAUGGUUUAAUUGACAUAUCUUGUCGAGAUUGAGUAUAAC